UAUAGCCUGUUUCGUUCAUCUGUAACAAACAAACUGGCUCAUGGAAGUUUCUUGUUACAUAUCAACUGACCUGUCAUACAAACUAAUGUGAGUCGUUUAUUUAGCAUGUGAAUAGUUGUGUAUAUUCAACGAGGUCAUUUCUAUAAAAGGAUUUAUUAGUGUUGGAAUAAUAUACAAAAAAAUCCAUUGUUUAUCCAAAGAUGUCUUCGGAACUAGAACACCUUAAUGGCAAUGGCAAAAGAGAGAGUAAAGUGGAAGGUGUUACUUUGAACAAAUGGAGUAAUACAAAAGACGACAUGAGCUCAGUUACUGACCUGAACCGAGAGGAAACAGCCUGGAUUGAAUCCGAUAAAGAAAGUAUCAGCCACGACCGUGGUGAAUGGGCAAAUAAAUUCGAGUUCUUUUUGGCAAUAAUGGGCUAUACAGUGGGUAUAGGAAGCGUCUGGAGAUUUCCCAUAAUUUGCAGUCGCAAUGGCGGAGGUGCUUUUCUGAUCCCAUUUUUCUUUUUCCUGAUAACAUCCGGUGGACCCCUGUAUUACCUGGAAGUUUGUCUUGGACAAUUUACGGGACAAAGUGCUGGACUUGCAUUUGAAUAUUGUCCGUUAUUCAGAGGUACCGGCCUGGGCAUUUUGCAAGUGGUGAUAUCAUUUACUGUUUUAUGGUAUGUAAUAUCUAUACUGGCAUGGGUCCUAUAUUUCCUGUACAGUUCAUUCUGCCCCGAGCUGCCCUGGACCACAUGCAACAACUCCUGGAAUACAGAAAAUUGUACAGCCACCUUGAAAGUAUUAUCUGAAAGAAGAACAGUACAGGAUACCGUUUACACAAAUAUUUCACAAUUGAAUGAUACACUUAUCUCUAAUACGACGUAUAACCUGUCGAUGUCAACACAACCCAUCGAUUCUUCUUCGAGUUUCCAUGUAAACGGAUCAACUCUUAUAAAAUCGAGCUCAUCGGCAUAUGAGUUUUGGGAGUACAACGUUAUAGGACGAUCUCGUGGCCUUGAAGAUAUGGGAAGUCUACAACCGCACCUGGUGAUAUGUCUGUUUCUAGCCUGGGUAUUCUGUGUUGCUGCAGUCAUAAAAGGUGUCAAAACUCUGGGCAAGGUCGUGUACGUGACUGCUACAGCUCCAUACGUAUUUUUGACAAUAAUAUUUAUCAAAGCUUUAACAAUGGACGGCGCCAUUGACGGUAUCAAAGCCUUUACUGAACCUGAUUUCUCCAAACUUUUAACAACUCAGGUGUGGUUAGAAGCAGCAGUACAGGUGUUUUACUCACUAGGACCGACCUGGGGAGGCGUCAUCACCAUGUCAAGUUAUAACAGAUUUCAUCAAAAAUCAUUUUGGUCGUCUACAAUAUGUGUCGCAUUUGCCGGUUUCACAUCAUUCUAUAAUGGAAUGGUUGUGUUCGCUUUGCUUGGAUUUAUGGCAAAUUCAUCUGGUAUGACAGUCGAAGAAAUAGCGCAGCAAUCAGGUCCUGGCCUAGCGUUCGUAGCUUUUCCAACAGCACUCAGUUUGAUGCCGUUACCUCAACUGUGGUCCGUGUUAUUCUUCCUGAUGUUGAUUGCCGUUGUCUUUGACAGUCUCUUUGGUAUGUUGGAGACAGUCACUAGUGGAAUUAUAGACCAGUUUCCACACCAGCUGUUGAACAGACGGGUCCUUGUCAACAUUUUAACUGGAGUAUUUUUCUUUAUUACGGGACUUCCGUUAACAAUGAAUGGCGGAAUUUACAUCUUCCAGUUGGCAGACUGGUAUUUUUCAUCAUUUGCUUUGCUGAUUGGAUCUUUGUUCGAGUGUAUCUCAAUAUGCUGGAUCUAUGGAACAGAAAGGUUUGCCCGUGAUAUUUACAUAAUGACGGGACGCAAUGUUUCUGUGAUAUUACGUAUAAUGUGGACGAUCGUAAUACCUUUAUUUGUAACGAUUGCAUUUGUAGCACUGCUGACUCAAUAUUCAACACCCGCCUAUGGUGAUGGGUACAAGUACAGCUCCGGUGCCGUGGCUACCGGCAUUAUUGUUGGUUUGAUACCAAUCAUUGCAGUGGUCAUUGUAGGUAUUGUGUCUGUACUAAGACAGAAAGGGUCGACUUGGAAGCGUUUAAAAUGCAGUUUGAAGCCAAGUGAUGAAUGGGGACCGUAUCAAAGAGAAACAAAGGAAAAAUACAGAUUGAAACCUUAUAUUUACCCAACUUCUUGGUGGCAAAGUUUCGUCUUAAAUAUUAUAGGUACAAACGAUAAGCCUAGUCUUUGAGCAUUGCUCACUAGUGGUAGCGUGUUACGUUUUGGAAUUCGUCAAAAGCAGGAUUUUGGAGUCGACAGUAAAUUGGUAUAAGAACUGUCUGUCAGUCGAUUCUAUAAACAACCAUCCAUGUCUAACCCUUACCCUGCUAAAUUUAUAUAAUGAACUUGCCCAUAUUUCAAUUUGGACAGUACCAUUAACUGUUAAAAGGGGUUUUUUCCAAAAAAUAAUACUGAUUAAAUGAUGAUCAGACUGCACGGAUGUUCAGGCUGGUCAAGAUCUUCACUGGUCGCAAAGACCAAGCAUGAUAAGGGCUAAAGUGUUCGCAUUAUUCAGAUGUGUGCUCAAAUACAAUAGUUGAAUUCUAGGAUUCAAGGAUAUUUUUAGCUUUAUGGCAGUCAGUUUUGAAUUUUGCCAGUAUUUAUUGAACAUUAAAACUACCGUGAUUCGUUUUCUCCACUUGCGUUAUUUCAAUUUUUUUAACAAGUUUCAAAAAUGGUUAAGCAUUUUGAUUCAAGUGUUGUUGCAGGUGAUAUGUUUUCAAAUAUCCCAAUAAAAGAACUAUUGGGCUGUCAGAUCGGCUGGAGGAACGUCCUGAUGAAAACAGGGCGUCACUUUAUAAUUCCACUUUUCGAAACUGCAGGGUUAUAUAUACAUGUAUAUAUAUAUAUGCUUAAUAUCAUUGUGAACAAUUGUUAUGUUUUGACUAUAGAUUAUAUAUGAAACUCAAAACUCAUAAUAAACAGAAUUAUAUCACAUAUUACUUUUGCUUUUCUCAUUCUUAUUGUUACUAUACCAUAUUUAUAUAGCACCCUGUCUAAUGAUAAACAGGUUUAAAGAUGCAACGCAAUUCGCUCGAUCGAGAGAGAGAGGGGGAGAGGGAGAGAGAGAGAGAGAGAGAGAGGGUAUCUCAGACAAGCUCUACUGUAGAAAAUGCCAGCUUUUUCCUUGCAAGAAACAGUGCCGUAGCCUUUUACUUUUGAACACAGAGUAAACGUUAUUCCACGACGCUAAACAUGUUAUAAAACCAAUUAAAUGUAACAGAAAUAUAUGUUAUCUCUUCAUAAACGGGAUGAAUUAAAACAUAAAAUGAG